UGAGUCGUGAGGGAUUGAGCGACACUAGCUCUCCUCACUCCCAACUCUCAAUUAUUCAGCCUUACCAGAUCCUCAACCCAGCGAUUACGAGCCUUUUCUGUCAUGCACUGUCACAUGCUGGUGCCGAGGGACCAUUAAUCACCAUGAAAGCCACUUUCGUUCAUGCAUUGAAUAGGCCUUUGGCAGUUUAUGAUGUGACAGUGAGGUUGUAAGGUGGCACCAUGGCUGCGAUGAUACCACCAGUAAAACUAAAAUGGUUGGAGCACCUCAACAGCUCCUGGAUCGCUGAGGACAGCGAGUCCAUCUCCACCCGUGAAGGCGUCGCUCUGCUGUAUGGCAAGCUGCUGGCCAAUAAGGAGGUGGUUCUUCUCCCUCAGCAGGUGCUAUGUCUGAAGGGCCCUCAGCUGCCGGACUUUGAGCGAGAGUGUCUGUCCAGCUACGAACAGGAGCAUUAUCUUGAUGCGCUGCUGGCCAGUCAGCUUGCUCUGGCCAAGACGGUGUGCUCAGAUUCGCCCUUCGCCACUGCCCUACGCAAACGUCUGCUAGUGCUGCAGCGGGUUUUUUAUGCACUCUCCAACAAAUACCAUGACAAGGGCAAGGUCAAACAGCAGCAGCACUCGACCGAAAACACUCUGAGUUCUGCGGACUUGCAAGCAGUUAGCGAGCGGCCUCGCUCUAGUACAGACGCCCUCAUUGAGAUGGGCGUGCGAACGGGUCUUAGUUUGCUCUUUGCUUUGCUCAGGCAGAGCUGGACGCUUCCUCCAGCCGGUCCAGGGAUCAACCUCUGCAACGAUGUCAUCACCACAGCCAUCGAAGUGGUGGGCUCCCUUCCGCCGCUCUCCUUGGCCAAUGAAAGCAAGAUUCCACCAAUGGGUUUGGACUGCCUGGCCCAGGUCACCACGUUCCUGAAAGGAGUCACCAUGUGCAACUCGGGGGCCGAUGUGGUGGGGAGGAGGCUGGCGUGUGAGCUGCUGCUGGGAUUGGCAGCGCAACGAGGGUCCCUGCGCUACCUGCUGGAGUGGGUUGAGAUGGCCCUGGCUGCAUCGGCCGGUGUUAGCAACCUGGAGCAGAGCCAGGAGGGGCUGAUGGGAUAUGACUGCUUCAUGAACAUUCUGAUGCAGAUGAGGCGUUCACUGGGUUCGUCUGCUGAUCGUAGCCAAUGGAGAGAGCCGACCCGCACACCUGAUGGUCUCUGUUCCCUAUACGAGGCUGCACUUUGUCUGUUUGAGGAGGUGUGUCGCAUGGCUUCAGACUACUCAAGAACUUGUGCGAGUCCAGACAGUAUCCAGGCGGGUGAGGCAGCCAUGGUAUCUGAGACCUGUGAGGUCUAUGUGUGGGGCAGCAACAGCAGCCACCAGCUUGUAGAGGGCACUCAAGAGAAAAUCCUCCAGCCCAAACUCACUCCCAGCUUCAGUGAUGCACAAACGAUUGAAGCUGGCCAGUACUGCACAUUUGUCAUCUCCUCUGAUGGUUCAGUCCGAGCGUGUGGGAAGGGCAGCUAUGGGCGCCUGGGACUGGGUGACUCAAACAACCAGUCCACUCUUAAGAAGCUGACCUUUGAACCUCACCGUGCCAUUAAGAAAGUUUCAUCAUCCAAAGGCUCAGACGGCCACACAUUAGCCUUCACUAGCGAGGGAGAGGUGUUCAGCUGGGGUGAUGGAGACUAUGGCAAACUGGGUCAUGGCAACAGCUCUACCCAGAAAUACCCCAAACUAAUACAGGGCCCUCUACAAGGAAAGGUGGUGGUUUGUGUUUCAGCAGGGUAUAGACACAGCGCUGCAGUCAGUGAGGAUGGAGAGCUCUACACCUGGGGAGAGGGUGACUUUGGUAGAUUAGGUCAUGGCGACAGUAACAGUAGGAACAUUCCCACGCUAGUGAAAGACAUCAGUAAUGUGGGUGAGGUGUCCUGUGGAAGCUCCCACACCAUUGCGCUGUCUAAAGAUGGACGUACGGUCUGGUCCUUUGGAGGUGGAGACAAUGGGAAACUGGGUCAUGGUGAUACCAAUCGUGUGUAUAAACCCAAAGUGGUGGAGGCGCUCCAGGGAAUGUUCAUACGCAAAGUUUGUGCUGGCAGCCAGUCAUCUCUUGCCCUCACCUCUACUGGUCAGGUUUACGCUUGGGGCUGUGGUGCUUGUCUUGGCUGUGGUUCAUCGGAGGCCACUGCGCUAAGGCCAAAACUGAUUGAGGAACUUGCCACAACCAGAGUGGUAGACAUCUCCAUAGGAGACAGCCACUGCCUUGCUUUAUCACAUGACAAUGAAGUGUAUGCCUGGGGGAAUAACUCCAUGGGUCAGUGCGGUCAAGGGAAUUCCACUGGCCCAAUCACCAAACCCAAGAAGGUGAUUGGUUUAGAUGGAGUGGCCAUUCAGCAGAUCUCUGCUGGCACCUCCCACAGCCUGGCAUGGACUGCCCUCCCAAGAGACAGGCAGGUGGUGGCCUGGCAUAGGCCAUACUGUGUGGACCUAGAAGAAAGCACUUUCUCUCACCUGCGCUCAUUUCUGGAACGAUACUGUGACGGUAUCAACAACGAGAUCCCACCGCUGCCUUUCCCAUCUUCCAAGGAGCAUCAUAACUUCUUGAAACUAUGUCUACGGCUCUUGUCCAAUCACCUGGCUCUAGCGCUGGCGGGUGGCUUGGCCACCAGCAUCUUGGGACGGCAAGCGCGGCCACUUCGCAAUCUACUUUUCAGACUGAUGGAUGCGUCAGUACCGGAUGAAAUCCAGGAGGCUGUCAUUGAGACUCUGUCCGUGGGAGCGACGAUGCUGCUGCCUCCUCUGAGAGAGAGAAUGGAGCUACUGCACUCGCUCCUUCCUCAAGGACCAGACCGCUGGGAGAGCCUCUCUAAAGGACAGAGGAUGCAGCUGGACAUAAUCCUCACUAGUCUGCAGGAUCACACCCAUGUGGCAUCUCUGCUGGGGUACAGCUGUCCUCCAGAUUCCUCUGAACCUCCCACUCUACCCUCCGACUCGACGCAUGUGCCUGGCACUCAUUCUGAUACACAUCCUGACACACACUUGGCAGAGAUCCUCAUGAAAACUCUACUCAGGAACCUGGGCUUUUAUACGGACCAAGCUUUUGGAGAACUGGAGAAGAACAGUGAUAAGAUCUUGCAGGGAACAUCUUCGUCUGAUAGCAGCCAACCAGCUCACCUCCAUGAACUGCUCUGCUCUUUACAGAAGCAGCUACUGGCCUAUUGCCAUAUCAGCUGUGUUACAGAGGGCUCCAGUAGUGUGGCCCUCUUCCACAAACACCUGCAGUUAUUAUUGCCUCAUGCCACAGAUAUCUAUAAUCGCUCCGCAACUCUUCUGAGAGAAAGCUCUGGAAAUGGCAGCGUGCGUGAGAAGCUACGAGAUGUGAUCUACAUGUCUGCAGCGGGCAGUAUGCUGUGUCAGAUUGUGACGUCCUUGCUGUUGUUGCCUGUUUGGGUGGCACGGCCAUUGCUCAGUUACCUCUUAGACCUGCUUCCCCCUCUGGACCGUCUCAACAGACUUCUGCCUGCCGCCACACCUCUGGAGGAACAGGAGCUGCAGUGGCCACUACAUGGCACUCCAGAUCUGGUUGAUCCAGUAUGUGUGUCAGGACCGGCACAGUGCUGGGUGUGGUUGGUGGAUCUGGAGCGUACUGUAGCGCUGCUGGUGGGACGUUGUCUCGGAGGAAUGCUGCAGGGAGCCCCGCCCUCACCAGAGGAACAGCACACUACCCAUUGGCUCAAAACACCGCUUUUUAGUAACGGCUUGCAGACUGAUAUACCCCAGCUUGAUGUGUGUAUUAGCUCUCUGCUGGAGAUGGCUCUGUGUGGAAAUGAGGAGCAAAGACCAUUUGACUGUCAGUUGCGUGCUGACAUGAGUGUGCUGGUUGAUUUGUCCCUUGGAUCAACUAAAGAGCCCACAAACAGCUUGUGGACAAACAUGCAGGACUAUGCCAUCAGCAAGGAUUGGGACAGUGCAUCAUUGCCGAAUGAGGCUCUGUUAGACACAGUGUCCCGCUUUGUGCUUGCUGUCCUGCUGAAACACACAGGGCUGCUGGGACAGGCGUGUGGAGAGGGGAGAUACCAGCCAUGUAAACUCUUGGCAGAGGUGUAUCGCAGUGUGUAUAAGGUGCGGAAUCGCCUCUUGGCUUGUAAGAACAUGGAGCUCAUCCAGACCCGUUCGUCAUCACGAGAACGCAGAAUCUCUGAUAAUGUGGACUCUGUGGAGAUGGACCCACAGGAACACUCUUUCACCCGAACUAUAGACGAGGAGGCUGAGCUGGAGGAGAGAGACAGAGAGAGAGAAAGAGAAGAGGGUCAUCAGGAGCAGGAAGAUGAUGAGGAGGAAAGAGAGCAUGAGGUCAUGACCGCAGGAAAAAUCUUUCAAUGUUUCCUAUCAGCACGGGAAGCAGCGCGAGGAAGGGACCGAGAUCAAACCGGAAGCAUGAGCGUACAGGAAGAGUCGUCUCAGCCCGGUCCGGAGCGCAGGAGCAGCACGACCCCUCAGGAGGGACAGGAUCUUUACACCACCGCAUGCAAUGCUGUCAUCCACCGCUGUGCCAUGCUCCUGCUGGCCGUCAGCACACCGCUCGCCCAGCACAUCAAUCAGCAACCCCUGACAGGUGGGGUCAACCAGGACGGAGGCGGGUUUAUGACGAGGAGUGAGAGCCUGUCGGCAGAGAGUCGGUCCAUCCAGAGCAGUCCCAGCUACAGACUCACAAAAUCCAGGAGUGAGUCUGAUCUCUCCCAGCCAGAGUCUGAUGAGGAGGGAUACUCACUGAAUGUGAGGAGGAAUGUGGAUCUGGAUUUAGCUUUCACUCCUAAAAAAAGAGGCUUUCUGUACAGUUCUCCAGACUCUUCUGCUGACUGGUUUGGAGGACGCUCGGCUCGCGAGUGUUUGUACAGCUCUCCACAGUCCUACGAGGAGUCAGACCUCGAUCUGAGCCAUUCAUUCAGGCUCCAUGCACUCAUCGAGAACAUAGUGAACUUCAUCAGUGGAGAUGUUGGGAAUGCUCCUGUGUUUAAGGAACCAGAAGAGAGUGUGUCCACCAGCCCACAGGCCAUUAUUAUAGCCAUGGAGCAGCAACAGAGUCGAGCAGAGUUGCGUCUGGAGGCCCUUCACCAGAUUGUGGUGUUGAUUUCUGGGAUGGAGGAGAAAAGCAGUCAGGCAGGAUCUGGAGGUGGAGCUGGACGCACAGGCUUCAGUUUUCACUCUGCCUCUCUGCUAACAUCAGUCAGACUGCAGUUCCUGUCGGGAUGUUUUGGCCUUGGUGCUGUCAGCUAUGGGGGGCCAAAAGGGGAGAGUGUCCAACUGCACCAUUACCAGGAUGGAGUCAGAGCAGCCAAGAAAAGUUUACAGAUGGACAUUCAGACAGCUGUUCAUAAGAUUUAUCAGCAGCUGUCAGUCACAUUAGAGAGAGCCCUGCAAGCAAACAAGCACCACAUAGAGGCCCAGCAGAGGCUGCUGUUGGUGACGGUCUUUGCUCUAAGUGUGCGAUACCAGCCUGUCGAUGUAUCAUUAGCCAUCUCCAGCGGUCUCUUGGAUGUUCUCUCUCAGCUUUGUGGAACGGAAACCCUGCUUGGACAGACACUGCAACUCCUGCACAAACCUGCAGGCUCUCAGCUCAGCACUGCCCUCAAAGUGGCCAGCACCAGACUGCUACAGAUACUAGCCAUCAGCACCGGGACAUAUGCAGACAGGUUGAGUCCUAAGGUGGUCCAGGCUCUGCUGGAUCUUCUGUGCAGUCAGCUGAAGACUCUGCUGGCUCAGGCUGCUGGAAGCACGCUCAGUGCAAGUACAGAACUGCAGGAGAAGACUGACGACUGCGCAGAUGCUCAGAAAAAAGAUUUUCGAGCAUUGUUACGUAAGAGACACACAGCAGAGCUGCACCUCGGAGACUUCUUGGUGUUUCUGCGGCGAGUCGUCUCUUCCAAAGCCAUUCAGUCCAAGAUGGCUUCUCCUAAAUGGACUGAAGUCCUUCUCAACAUUGCUGCUCAGAAAUGCUGUUCAGGCAUUCCGUUGGUUGGUAAUUUGAGGACACGGCUGUUAGCCCUGCAUGUUUUGGAAGCUGUGCUUCCUGCCUGUGAGAGCAGCAUGGAGGACCAUCAGAUGACCCAGGUGGUGGAGAGGUUGUUCUCACUGCUCUCGGAUUGUAUGUGGGAGGCACCUGUUGCUCAAGCCAAACACACCAUCCAGCUGAAAGAGAGAGAGCAGGAACUCAAACUACAGGGUGAAUCAGAGGAGGAAGAAGAAAAUUUGCCUAUCCAGGAAGUAACCUUUGACCCUGAGAAGGCACAGUGCUGUGUGGUGGAAAGCGGACAGGGAUUGACACAUGGCAGUGGAGGCAAAGGUUAUGGCCUGGCCUCCACUGGCAUUUCCUCUGGCUGUUAUCAGUGGAAGUUCUAUAUCGUGAAGGAGAAUCGUGGAAAUGAGGGAACGUGUGUAGGUGUGUCACGUUGGCCCGUGCAUGAUUUCAACCACCGCACAACAGCCGACAUGUGGCUCUACCGCGCAUACAGCGGCAACCUCUACCAUAAUGGAGAGCAGACCCUCACGCUGUCCAGCUACACACAAGGAGACUACAUCACCUGUGUGCUGGACAUGGAGGCCAGGACUGUGUCCUUUGGCAAGAACGGAGAGGAACCCAAACUGGCCUUUGAGGAUGUCGAUGCUACAGAGCUGUACCCUUGUGUCAUGUUCUACAGCAGUAACCCCGGGGAGAAGGUAAAAAUCUGUGACAUGCAGAUGAGGGGCACACCACGUGACCUGUUACCUGGUGACCCAAUCUGCAGCCCUGUGGCCACUGUCCUGGCGGAAGCCACCACCCAGCUGGUCCGUAUCUUACACCGUUCAGAGCGCUGGACCCAAACUAUCAACUGCAGCAUCCUCCAGCGCCUCCAGCAGAUCAGGGGCUGCCUGCGAGAAGGAGCUCCUCCAGCAGGGGCCACCAGACUGCGCAAGAGCCUCUCGGCACAGAGCAGAGAGGAGCAGGACGAGAAGGAGGAAGAGCGAGAGGAGGAGAGAGGAAGAAGCGGACGGCACGCGGCGGCCGAGCUGUCGGAGGCGCAUCUGCGGAUGCUGUGCCACCAGGUGUGGCCAGUGUUAGCUGUGAUAGGGGGAGUAGAUGGUGGGUUAAGGAUGGGGGGACGGUGUGUGCACAAGCAGACGGGGAGACACGCCACUCUGCUGGGCGUGGUGAAAGAGGGGAGCACAUCAGCUAAGGUGCAGUGGGAUGAGGCGGAGAUUACCAUCAGCUUCCCCACUUUUUGGUCGCCCAGUGACACACCGUUGUACAACUUGGAGCCAAUCGAGCCUCUUCCCUUCGAAGUUUCACGUUUCCGCGGACUCACUGCGGCUCUGCUGCUGGACCUCACCGCCCUCGCAAGCCUGCAGGACGACGGCUCCAAAUCUGCCUCCGGUCGGCGGCACGAGAGAAGACAUCGCCACGAACCCCAGGAAGAACGGGAGAAUGAGUCGCGCACCAAUCCGAAAGAGGGGAUGGGAGACCUGCGUGUAUCUCACAGCUUGGAUGAGGUUCGAGCUCGAGCUCCGCCCAACUCUCGCUCCGAGAGCGAGCUCGCUGCCUACACACAGGAUGCCACACAGCAGACUCCAGCGGAGAAACGGCGCAGGCUGCAGGAGAUCGUGGGGAUGCGCUCGCAGGAGGCGGCUGCGCAGAUGGAGGUGCAUGCGGUGCAGUUGUCGUAUCUGUAUCUGGGAGCGAUGAAGACCCUGAGCGUACUUCUGAGCUGCAGUAAAUACGCUGAGCUGCUGCUGAUCCCCAAAGUCACGCCUGACAGCGGUCAUAAUGCGGAUUGUGCCAGCCCUGGGGUGAGCGUGUGUCAGGAGGAGGCGGAGCUGCGAUCGGCUCUGCAAUUUCUGAUGCGACACAUGGUGAAGCGGGCGGUGAUGAGGUCGCCCAUUAAAAGGGCACUUGGGCUGGCAGACCUAGAGCGGGCGCAAGCUAUGAUCUACAAACUGGUGGUCAAUAGCCUACUUGAAGAACAGGAAGGCCGCAGUUCUAAACCAGUGGACACAGAAUGUGAGGAGUUAGAGGGAGACCAACGGUUUCAAACUCCGGUCACCACCUCCCCAUCAGCGUCCAGCAGCACCUCCUUCAUGAGCUCCUCGCUGGAGGACACCACCACAGCAACCACACCUGUUACCACAGCCACCACACCUGUUACAGACGCAGAGACGGCACCAGCUUCUGAAUCACCUGGAGUAAUGCCCCUCAGCCUGCUCAGGCAGAUGUUCUCCAGCUACCCAACAACCACCCUUCUGCCAGCACGUAGAGCUCAGACCCCUCCCGUCUCAUCGCUGCCCACCUCACCAUCAGACGAGCACGGCCGGAGACAGAGCCUCACGUCACCUGAGUCCCAGCCUGCCAGAACCAGCAGGACAGCAUUAUCAGACCCUAGCAGUCGUCUUUCCACAUCUCCACCUCCUCCUGCCAUCGCAGUUCCACUGUUGGAAAUGGGUUUCUCACUCAGACAGAUCAUGAAAGCUUUGGAAGCAACAGGUGCACGUGGUGAGGCAGAUGCUCAGAACAUCACUGUGCUUGCGAUGUGGAUGAUCGACCACCCAGGCACGGCAGACUCUGAUGAGGCUUCAGACCCCUGCUCCGGUGCGGCAGGAGGGGGUAAGAGCACAGAGAGGAGCUAUCUGCGCUCACCGGGUGACAUCCCCAAUGCUGAUGCUGCAGAGAUGGAGGAGGGAUUCAGUGAGAGUCCUGAAGGUCUUGAUCAAGAUUUGGGCUCUUCCUCUGCCGGCCCCACUCCCAGAGGACGCUCUGCAGCCAGCAGGAAACACCGCUUUGACCUGGCUGCACGCACAUUAUUAGCUCGUGCAGCUGGACUGUACCGCUCAGUGCAGGCACAUCGAACUCAAGCACGUCGAGAAGGUUCUGGACUGCAGCAGGAGCCUGGGCCGCUCGGGGCGCUGUAUGACUUCAAUCUGGAUGAAGAGUUGGAGCUCGAAUUGGAUCAGGAAGCCAUGGAGGCCAUGUUCACCCAGGAGCUUGCAUCAGAUUCCGACAUUCUGGGAAUGUGGAUCCCGGAGGUACUGGACUGGCCAACAUGGCAUGUGUGUGAGACGGAGGACCGUGAUGAGGUGGUGGUGUGUGAGCUGUGUGGGGUCAGCGUGUCCAGCUUCAACCAGCACAUGAAGAAGAGUCACCCGGGCUGUGGUCGCAGUGCCAAUCGCCAGGGUUACCGCAGCAAUGGCUCGUAUGUUGACGGCUGGUUUGGAGGGGAGUGUGGAAGUGGAAAUCCCUAUUAUUUGCUCUGUGGCAGCUGCAGAGAGAAAUACCUUAACAUGAAGAGCAAGAUCAAAGGACCACUGCCUGAGAGGUAUAAAGGUCAAGCACCAGACCUGUUGGGAAAGCAAGACAGCGUGUAUGAAGAAGACUGGGACAUGUUAGAUGUAGAUGAUGCAGAGCGCCUGACGGGUGAGGAGGAGUUUGAGUUGCUCUCUGCUCCGAUGGGUCUCAGUGAACGCAGACCCGUCCCCGAGGCUGUCCAUUUUCCAGACACCGACCCUCUUGGAGCCUCUGUUGCCAUGGUCACUGCCACCAACAGUAUGGAGGAGACACUCUUGCAGAUAGGUUGCCAGAGCUCAGUGGAUAAGAGCUCAUCAGGUCGCUUAUCUUUGGGGGAGCAGGCGGCAGGUCUGCAGACGUCUGCUGAUUGCCUGGUGGCUCUGAAAAGAGUCACUGCAGCUGCACAAGUCCUGUUAGCCAGAACAAUGGUCAUGAGAGCGCUGUCCCUCCUGUCUGUUAGUGGCUCUAGUUGCAGUCUAGCAGCAGGAUUGGAGUCUCUGGGCUUGACAGACAUUAGGACUCUGGUGCGUCUGAUGUGUUUGGCUGCAGCAGGUAGAGCUGGACUUUCCACAGGCCUUACAUUAGGCCCUGGAUCCACUGAGCGCCCGCGAGGGGCUAGCAAGCCAACCAAACCUAUUUCUUGUUUGGCGUACCUCAGUACCGCAGUUGGCUGUCUGGCAUCGAACAGCCCCAGCGCUGCCAAACUCCUGGUCCAGCUGUGCACUCAGACAUGUGUCUUUAAUAAAGGAGAUGACACUUCGGACGAGUGCAUGGGUAAUCUGGGGUCUCCAGGCGAUCCAGACUUGGCUCCAGUGGCUUGGAGUGUCAGUGGGAAGUACUUGGCUGCUGCCAUGGACAAAAUAGUGAACAUUUGGCAAGUCAAUGGUGGGAAGGCCUUACUGGACCUGCAGCCUCAUUGGGUGUCAUCUUUAGCUUGGUCAGAAGAGGAGGCAGGGUCACUGUGGGGCGGGGAGCCUCGAGAACUCCUGUUGGUGGGUCGCAUGGAUGGGACACUGGGACUUCUCGAGGUCCUUGAUGAUUCUGAUAUGCAGAGAACUGAACUCCAACACUGCUUCAGGAAAGACGUGGCUGUGAUGCAGAUCGCAUGGUACAGUGAGGAUCGUCCCUUUGCAGUUGGAUAUGCUGAUGGGAGGCUUCUGAUUGGCUCUAAGGAGCCUUCAGAGAAUGGAUCUGUGGUGGUUAUUGAUGCCCACAAGGAAAGCAUCAGUUCAUUGCGCUGGGCUCCUGGUGGGCAAGUGUUGCUAAGCUGUGCUAAAGAGGAGAUUGUGCGUUUAUGGGCGGGGUCGGGGACAGGUUUGGGUCAAAGCUGGACAUGUCUGCAAAGCAUCACCCAUCCUGCUGUUGUUAAUGCUGUUGUCUGGUGCAGCCUGGCCGGUCAGGGACCUAAACCUCUCAACAUGUUUGCCACAUGUUGUCAGAGCGGUCUGGUAUCUGUGUGGACUGUACCGCAGGACCCCUCAUCAUACUCACAGUCCAGCUCUGCCUGCCCUGAUGCCUGGUGGGAAUCAGAAUCCAAAUCCAAACUGAUGCUGGAGCCCCAGCGGUGUGAAGGAGCAGUGUGUGUGUUCCAGCUGCAGGGUCAUUUGACUCCUGUGCGGACAGUAGCGUUCAGUCCAGAUGGGCUUGCUCUUGUGUCUGGAGGGGUUGGCGGACUUUUGAACAUCUGGUCAUUGCGGGAUGGAUCAGUGCUGCAGACGGUAGUUGCUGGAUCCGGAGCGAUUCACAGCACAGUUUGGAUCCCUGACGUAGGUGUAGCUGUUUGCUCCAAUCGCUCAAAGGAUGUGCUGGUUGUUAAUAGCUCAGCAGAGUCCAUGGCAAACAAUCACGUGUUAGCAACUUGCCGCACGGCGCUAAAAAAGCAGGGCGUUGUUGGACUGAACAUGGCUCCAUGCAUGAGAGCCUUCUUGGAGAGACUUCCCAUCAUGCUUCAGGAGCAGUAUGCGUAUGAGAAGCCUCAUGUGGUGUGUGGAGAGCAGCUCGUCCACAGUCCUUACAUGCAGUGUCUGGCGUCUCUGGCGGUGGGUCUGCAGCUGGAUGCUCUGCUGUGUCACCCUCCUGUCCCACCUCACCUGGCCCACUGCCCACCUGAGCCUGGCUCUUCCUCCACCCCCUCAUCUGGAUCCUGGGCCAACAGUGAGUGGGCGUGGCUUCACUGCUUCUCCACCACCGUCAAAACAGCUGAAGCCCUCGCACGCAGACACACCUUCCCCGAGUCCUUCAUCGUCCCGGACCUGGAGCCUGUGGCCAAAGAUAAACUGGCACUGCUUAUGGACAACAGCAAGUGGGUGUCUGGGAUGGAUGAGCAGAUCAUGUCAUGGGCCACUUCCAGACCAGAGGACUGGCACCUUGGAGGGAAGUGUGAUGUGUUUUUAUGGGGCGCUGGCAGGCAUGGGCAGCUCGCCGAGGCCGGGCGAAACAUUCUGGUGCCAUCUCUUGCUCCCUCUUUUUCUCAGGCCCAACAGGUUGUUUGUGGGCAGAACUGCACAUUUGUGAUCCAGGCUAACGGAACAGUGUCUGCAUGUGGAGAGGGCAGUUACGGCCGCCUCGGACAAGGAAAUUCAGAUGAUCUGCACAUCCUCACUGUUAUAUCUGCUCUGCAAGGCUUUGUGGUGACCCAGCUAGUAACGUCCUGUGGGUCUGAUGGCCAUUCGAUGGCUCUAACUGAGAGCGGUGAGGUGUUCAGCUGGGGAGAUGGAGAUUACGGAAAACUGGGCCACGGUAACAGUGACAGACAGCGCAGGCCGCGGCAGAUAGAGGCGCUGCAGGGAGAAGAAGUGGUGCAGAUGUCAUGUGGAUUUAAACACUCAGCGGUGGUGACUGCAGACGGAAAGCUCUUCUCCUUUGGUAAUGGAGAUUAUGGCAGACUGGGACUUGGAAACACCUCUAACAAAAAAUUACCUGAGAGAGUCAGUGCACUAGAGGGCCACCAGGUUGGCCAGGUUGCAUGUGGGCUGAAUCACACUUUGGCAGUAUCAGCUGAUGGAAUGACCGUCUGGGCGUUUGGAGAUGGAGACUAUGGCAAACUGGGACUGGGAAACGCUACAGCCAAAUCCUCCCCACAGAAAGUGGAUGUUUUGUGUGGAAUUGGAAUAAAGAAGGUGGCAUGUGGUACCCAGUUCUCUGUUGCUCUAACCAAAGAUGGAAACAUGUACACGUUUGGGCAGGAUCGCUUAAUCGGUCUGCCGGAGGGUCGAGCACGAAAUCAUAACCGGCCUCAGCAGGUCCCUGCUUUAAUGGCCGUGUUUAUCGAGGAUGUGGCUGUAGGGGCCGAACACACGCUUGCUCUCUCAUCAACUGGAGAUGUUUAUGUCUGGGGGAGCAACUCAGAGGGACAGCUGGGCUUGGGCCACACAAACCAUGUCAGAGAGCCAACCUUCAUCAGUGCUUUACAAGGCAAAAACAUCCAGCAGAUAUCUGCAGGUCGCUGCCACAGCGCAGCAUGGUCUGCACUGCCUGUGCCGCCACGUGCUCCAGGUUCAUCAGUGCCUCUGCAGCUGGGCUUGCCCGUGUGUGUGCCUCCUCAGUACAGUGCCCUAAGAGAGGUCAGUAUGGAGGCUCUGAGAGCCCGACUGCGCCUGCUCUACCACUUCUCUGACCUCAUGUACUCCUCCUGGAGACUGCUGAACCUCAGCCCCAACAACCAGAGCUGCACGUCACGCUAUAAUGCAGGUACAUGGGGUAUAGUCCAAGGUCAGCUGAGGCCCUUGCUGGCCCCUAGAGUUUACACACUGCCCAUGGUGCGCGCUAUCGGGAAAACCAUGGUGCAAGGGAAGAACUACGGCCCACAGAUCACAGUCAAAAGAAUCUCUACACGAGGAAGGAAGUGUAAGCCCAUAUUUGUGCAGAUCGCCAGGCAGGUUGUGAAACUAAAUGCAUCUGAUCUGAGGCUGCCGUCACGAGCCUGGAAAGUCAAACUGGUGGGAGAGGGGGCAGAUGAUGCCGGAGGGGUGUUUGAUGACACAAUCACAGAGAUGUGCCAGGAGCUGGAGACAGGAGUGGUGGAUCUUCUCAUCCCUUCUCCCAACGCCGCAGCAGAGGUGGGCUACAACCGAGACAGGUUCUUGCUGAACCCCUCAGCCUGUCUGGAAGAGCACCUGCUGCAGUUCAAAUUCUUGGGUAUUCUGAUGGGAGUGGCCAUCCGCACUAAGAAGCCUCUAGACCUGCAUCUCGCUCCAAUGGUGUGGAAGCAGCUGUGCUGUAUUCCUCUCACCCUUGAAGAUCUGGAGGAGGUGGACCUGCUUUAUGUACAGACUCUCAACAGCAUCUUACAUCUGGAGGACAGCGGCAUUACAGAGCAGAAUUUCCAUGAGAUGAUUCCACUGGACUCAUUUGUUGGCCAAAGUGCUGAUGGGAAAAUGGUUCCCAUCAUCCCCGGAGGAAACAGCAUACCGCUGACCUUUUCCAAUAGGAAGGAGUAUGUAGAGCGUGCCAUUGAGUAUCGCCUGCAUGAAAUGGAUCGCCAGGUGGCGGCGGUGCGUGAGGGCAUGUCCUGGAUCGUGCCUGUUCCCUUGCUCUCCUUACUAACAGCGCGGCAGCUGGAGCAGAUGGUCUGUGGGCUGCCGGAGAUCAGCGUGGAGGUUCUGAAGAAGGUGGUCCGCUACAGGGAGGUGGACGAACAGCAACAGCUGGUGCAGUGGUUCUGGCAGACGCUGGAGGAGUUCUCCAAUGAGGAGAGAGUCCUCUUCAUGCGCUUCGUCUCGGGACGCUCCCGUCUGCCAGCUAACACUGCUGACAUAUCCCAAAGGUUCCAGAUCAUGAAGGUGGACCGGCCAUACGAUAGUCUUCCCACCUCUCAGACGUGCUUCUUCCAGCUCCGCCUCCCACCUUACUCUAGCCAGUCGGUCAUGGCGGAGCGGCUGCGUUAUGCUAUUAAUAACUGCCGUUCUAUCGACAUGGACAACUACAUGCUCUCCCGCAAUGUGGACAACGCAGAGGGGUCGGACACAGAUUACUGACCCCCCUGCAUGCACACGUAAACACAGUCUGUGUAGGACUAUUCGGUGCAGGCUUUUAUGAUUUUUCUGAUUACCGAUGUUUUCACAUAUACAUCUUAAACACAUAAUGAAGUGUUUUUCUUUCUCUUUUGGUUUCUUAGCAAUUAAGCUGAACUUGGGUGGGCCGCACAAUCUGUUUACACACUCGCACAUGUGUUGAUGUAUAUUCCUUCUCUUUACUUUGAAGCGCAGUCUUUCUCCACUAUUCAUUCUUUUUUGGCUCUACCUUUUUUUCAGGAUAUUCUGCAUGAAAGUGUUUUAUUUUUAAAAAAAAUGUAUAGAAUGACAAAAAAAGAAAAAAAAUUGUACAUUGUGUAUAAUGCUUCAUUAGGAGAUUGUUUUACAUGAGUAUCUGUAUUUAUUUGAAUUUUUUGAACCGCCUACACCAGGUUUCUUAUGUCAGAUGCAAUAAAUGUUUGAAUCUGAAA